CCCGCGGCAAAUAGGAGCCACACACAGCCGCUCACGCCGAGGAAUUUAAAAGAGAAAGUGCGCAUGCUCAGAGAACCUACUACAGUGUCUGUCUACCGUGUCUCACCAGCGAUUGGUCAAGUCCUCUCCCUAACGCUCCCGAUGAUUGGUUUGACAAUAAGGUGACGUUUGAACGGUCCCGCGUCGCUCAUGGACGCGCACUGGUGGUUGGUGGAGCAGGGUGUCUGUCCCACGACAGGGCCUGCGCCCAACCCCAACCCCAACCCCAGCGGGAGUGGGACAGAAGCGAUUGGCCCCGCCCCUUGCUCGGUCGCUGGGUUCGUGCUGUGUGAGGCCUCCCCGCCCCCCUGCACUGUUCCUGCGGGCCCUGUGGCGUCGGGAUGAGCCGCGCUUCCCCAUGGAGACCAAACGGGUCGAGAUUCCCAGCAGCGUCCUGGACGAUCUGUGCAGUCGAUUUAUUUUGCACAUUCCGAGUGAGGAAAGAGACAAUGCAAUCAGAGUGUGUUUUCAGAUUGAACUUGCCCAUUGGUUUUACUUGGAUUUCUACAUGCAGAACACACCAGGAUUACCUCAGUGUGGGAUAAGAGACUUUGCUAAAGCUGUCUUUAGCCAUUGCCCUUUUUUACUGCCUCAAGGUGAAGAUGUGCAAAGGGUUUUGGAUGAGUGGAAGGAGUAUAAAAUGGGAGUACCAACCUAUGGUGCAAUUAUUCUUGAUGAGACACUUGAAAAUGUACUGCUGGUUCAAGGAUAUUUAGCAAAGUCUGGCUGGGGAUUUCCAAAAGGGAAAGUAAAUAAAGAAGAGGCUCCACAUGACUGUGCAGCUAGAGAGGUGUUUGAAGAAACUGGUUUUGAUAUCAAAGAUUACAUCUGCAAAGAUGACUACAUUGAACUACGAAUCAAUGAUCAGCUAGCACGCUUGUACAUCAUUCCAGGAGUUCCAAAGGACACAAAAUUCAACCCCAAAACCAGAAGAGAAAUUCGGAACAUUGAAUGGUUCUCAAUUGACAAAUUACCAUGCCAUAGAAAUGACAUGACCCCAAAAUCCAAGCUAGGUUUGGCACCUAACAAGUUUUUCAUGGCCAUUCCCUUCAUCAGACCUUUGAGAGACUGGCUUUCUCGAAGAUAUGGGGACUCCUCUGAUAGUGACAAUGGAUUUUCAUCCACUGGGAGCACACCAUCCAAGCUCAACAUGGAGAAAACAAGAUCCAAAAUUCGUUAUAGCCAGCAGGUGUUUACAGAUGGCUCUCCAGGAGACCAGUGGACAAAGUACAGACCACCACAGCAACAGAAGCCAUAUAACAAUCAUUCUGACAUGUCUGAAGCUCUAAAAAUAAAGAACAUGAGGGGUAAUGGUAGAAAGCAAUAUCAAGACACUUCUAACCAAAAGAAGAGGACAAAUGGGGUCCACAGUCAGCCAACAAAACAGAACCAUACAUUGAAAUGUGAAAAAAAACUUAAUCCAAGAAGACUUCAGGAUAACUUUGAAACAGCAGAUGCAGCAGUGUAUGAUAUGUGUUUCUCCAUUGAAGACCUGCUGGAACAUACAGAGGCACACUCUGUGGCAUGUAAUGGUCAUUACAAAAUCACUUUCUCAUCAAGAGCUUUCUUAAGCUUCAAGUUUGACCAUGAUGCCAUAAUGAAAAGUUUUGACCUCUGACAGCACACCUAUUAUGGAUGAACAAAAAUCAAAGACUGACCUUUUACAGUUGAGUGGGUUUCUAAUCCAGCCUUACUCAUUCUCAGGUGUUUUUAUUUUUUAAAGCAAUGCAGGGACUGAAAGGUGAUUUGGAAGAGUUCAUUCUCUUUGCAGUAUGGAAGUGGCAUAGUGAAGUGUUGCACUUUAAAUGCAGUUCUGCCUUUAUCAACGAAAGUACCUUUCCAGUGUUUGGUUCACUAGUUCCUGCUGUUGCAUUAGAGGGCAUUUUUUUUUUUUAAACUUUGAAAUAUUUUAGUGUUGGCUGUAUACUAACACACUAAACUUUGAACCUGCUCUGAUGUAAAGUUGUUGGAACCCUCAGUCUUUAUUUUCUAGUACUUUGCUGUAGUAUAGCAAUUAAAGUAAUUCUCAGAGGGCACCCAUCUUCUGUAUCCCAGCAAUGUUGAAAUCUUGGAGCUUCUGUGCUUUAAAAAAUUACAAAUUUCAAGUCUACUAAUUUGACCUCAUCUUUGCAGUUCUCUUCUUCUCUCUGGUAUCUGAGGCAGAUAAGUGGAUGACUAGAGAACAUCAUGUGCCACCUAAUGGCUUAAUCAAGUUUGCAAUAACUGUUCUAAGUGUCCAUUAUUGUGUUCUAUACUGUUGUCUUUGGAGGUGUCUAGUGUGUGUUCUUUGCUAUAUAUCCAAUAGUAUUGAAUUUGAUAUUGCAGUUGCAUCUCAGUAUCUGAAAACUGUAACGAAAAUGAAUGAGGCUACAGCCUUUUAAUAAGUAUAUCAAAGAUGUGAAAAAAAUUAGCAGUAGGAAUGCAAAUAUUAAGUUAAAAAAAAAGUCAUACAUCCUUGCAUCACGAUUCACUUGAGAGAGUUUUGAAUAUACAUUUCAAAAGUAUUUUAUUGGGGGAGGCAAAUGAAACUCCUCACUUGUCUCGGCAGCCAGUACCUAUGUUUUUCCCCUCUUUUUAUUUAAAAAAAGAAGUGGAUGGUUCUCUAAAAUUAAGCUAGGUGGGUAUGAUGUGUAAUUUGGAGGACUGAAUGACUAAAUUGCCUUCUAUCAAUGGCUGUGCCAAGCUGCGUAUCUUCUGUGGUCAGAGAAUGUAUGUUCACCCACAGAUAGCCUUUUAUAUCUUUUUGGUGUGGUAUCCACAAAACACAAUCUAUAAUAUCUAUGAUCUUAUAUUUGCCCUCACAAAGUAGCUUGUUAGCUUAUUUUUAUCUUCCAAUCGUUUCAUCCCUUUGGGCCAGGGAAUCUAAGAAUUUUCAGUUAUUAAAACAUUUCCCAUUAGCCAGGAAAGCUGGACUCCUGUAUCAGUUAACAGGAGAAAUAUACUCCAGUUUUUCCAUUUGGAUAAGAAAGUCUUAUAACAGGUCAGUUUACUUUUAGAAUAGUUGUUAAAGUGACUCUUUUGGUUCACCUUGGUGUGGUGGUCCGGGCGGGUUGACAGCCAGAAAUAAUGUGCAGAGGUUGCUUAAAUCAGUAAGGCCCAGAUCCUCAAAGUUAUUCAGGUUGCCUAACUUCCAGUAAUGUUUGUGGAAGUUAGGUACCUCAUACCUUUUGAAGAUCUGUGCCUAAAUGCGUAUGUCCUGUUAUUUAAUUGAGAGGGCUGGAUAGUAAAGUUGGGGAGGGAUGAAUGUGUCAAUUUACCUAUUCAGAUCCAAAUGAAAACACAGCUUUGUUCAGUCCUCUUAGAGUAAGUAGUUGAUUUCAGGGGUUUGGAGCUGUGCUCCGGCUCCGCUCCAGCUCCAGGCAAAAACCUGCAGCUCCACUGCUCUGCCCUCCAGCUCUGGGCUCCGCUCCAAAGCCCUGGUUGAUUUCCCAGAAAUAAAUGUCUAGCUCAUAAGGAAUCAGAAGUUAGCACUCAGACCUCCAGGCUGCUACUGCCAGUGAAUUUAAUGAGACUCUCUUAACGCAUGAUUAAAAAUCAAGCCUUGGAAAAGUUUAUUUCUGAUAGGUAGGUUGACUUUUCAAAUCUGUUCCUUUUAUGCCUCUUCACUUAAUGCACCAUGAAUUAAUAAGGGGAAGAUUGAUAGAGCUGUGUGAAUUUUAAACUUGAAACUUCCACUUGACAGUUUGGGAUGUGAACUGGCUCAUAGCAAUAUGAGAGGAAGGCUCUAAAGUGAAGUAACUGCAGAGUGUGCAUAAAUGGGAUACUGGGAUCACUAAGUUUAGAUUUUUUUUUUUAAAGGCAAAAGUUUUCAUUAAUGACAAAUACCUGGCUUCCUCACAGAGGAAUCCUGAACAAAGGCUGCAGAAAACAGGCCUGAUUUUAUGAAAUCUAGCAUAAAUGUGAGAGUUGAAAAUAAAUUUGAUAAAUAUGCAAUAAUUUCUAUUUCUUUGUGUACAAGGUACUGUUUCAGAAAUAUGUAUUGACAGUUUCCUCCUUUCUCGAGGUCUCAAACAGCUUAUUAAAUGUGUUUGUAUAUCACCUGCCUUUGGGUUUCAGGGUGCCCUGCACUGUGAACAUUUCAGAUUGUUUACUCUUACUAGUUUUUGUAUGUCCUUUUUAUGUGUUUUAUGUUCAAAAUGUUAAAUGAAUCAUUUUAUACUUGUAUUCCAAAGUGUAGGAGUACACCUUACAGGAAUGUCUGUAAAAGAGUGAAGAAACAGCAAAUGGAUGAUUGAGUUUCAUUCAGUGGAUUUUUUGGUUUUGAGAGUGGGUGGGCAUUUGGAGAGGCAAGAUUAUCUAGUCAAAUUGAUUGUGAAUGGACUUCAGAGAUCUAAGCGCUUGUUGGUGUGAAGAUGCUUGAAAAGUAAGCAUGUCAGUCUACUGUGCUUGGAAUAAAACAACUCACCUACAGUUGCUAAUCAAAUUGUGGCUCACUCAUUUGUGUCCUUGAAGUUAAGACUUAUGAAACUAUGAGGAAGAAUGUUUAAUGGACAAAAAGCUCAAUGCAGGUACUGGAAAUUCUGGAAUUAGUUCACAUAGCAGUCUCUAGUACUACAUAAACAGUAAUUUAUUUUAGUUUUUUAAGUGCAGUUGUAUGCAUUUUCCCCCAAUUCACUUUAUGCAGUGUGUGGGGGUUUGGUUUUUAAUUUUAGAGGAUUUUGUGGCUAUAGACUAACUCAGCAUGUUUUGUAACUUGGUUGUCUUUUUAAAAAUUUCCAUUUUUCAAUACACUUGCAUGUUAUUGAAUCCUGCACAGAGUUUGAGCUCUGGAGAUAGAGGUAUGGAAGGGGAAAAAAUAUUUUUCUAUUUCACAAUUGAAAGCUUCCCUUUCUGUAUGUUUAGUUUAUAGUAAGUCUCUCUGACAAAACUACAGGUUUACAUACUGUGCUCUGAUUGCAGUUUACUUUGGAGAUCUACAAAAACAAUGUUCACUGUGUUUACUCUUUGACUGUUUUAAAAUGCUGCAUGUAUAACAACUGCAUUUUAAUGUUAAGGCAAACUGCGCAGUCUGGUUAUUCCUAACAUGUUUCCAAUCAGAUUGUCAUUUUAAUAUGAAAAAUGCAUUUUCUUUUGUGAUCACUGAUUUUAAGUGGUUUUUUUCCAGUGUGAUUUCCUCCACCUCCCCUCCCCAUAAAUCCUGGCUGGCCUGAAUCAAGCUCUAUCUCUGUGUUGGAACUUGAGGUGUUAAAACUGGCCAUAUGGCCCAACUGUAUAGUGUUAGCUCAGUGAGCUUUUCAUUUUUAGCUACCUGGUUCAAAUCCUGAAUUAAUAAAUCAUACUGACUACUUCAGUCUAGGAGCUAGAAUGUCUUGAGUUAGUCCAGUGUCUUUUCUCUGGGCCAACCCCAAGGUGCACUAAUCUUGUAAAACUAAAUUUACUGGAAUUUAUUCUAAUCUAUAUUGGGAAGCCAAAACUUUUGGAAAAGGUGAGCUUGUGGAAUAGUGUAAACCUUCUUUAUAGACUUAAGUGAUUUGCAGUUUAAAUAUAGGCACAAGACUUGUUUUAGCUUUGUUGAUAUAGGUUUCUAACGACUUUUGGAAUUACACUAGACCAAUGAUUUUUUUUUCUUCAACCUUUUCGUGGACCCUAAAAAAUUUCAAAUGGAGGUGCGGGCCCCUUUGGAAAUCUUAGACACAGUCUAUGGAUGCCCAGGGGGCUGCAGACCACAGGUUGAAAACCACUACCCUGGACUCAAUUUGAGUCCACUUCAGCAUUUUAGUGUUGAAGCAACCAAAAUAUUUAGGAUGUGGAGUUUAUACAUGAAAUUAAUUCACCCGUAAGAGAGUGCACUAUUACAGUAAACGAGGUGUAGAAAGUUAAGCUUUGGUCAUGCUUUUUUGCCCCUUUUAUUUUUAUAUAUUUGUAGCAGUGUUCUUAUUCAACAAUGGAAGGAGCAAGAGAAUGGGCUAAAAGCUAGUAUUUGCACUGUUUUUUAUACUGUACGUAAGCACUGAUAAGAAAUGCAGUGUGUUCUUCUCCAAGUGUGCAUUUAACUACUGUUCCAAGUAAGUUAUAAGCCUUACUGUGAGGGUGUGACACUGCAUAUGUAGCAAUUCCUUCCUUCCUGGUCACAUUUAGGAUCAUGCAAGAACAAAUGCCUUAAUUUUAAAUGUUCUUCUACUGACUUAAUGCUUAGGUUUAAUUUUACAGUGACUUUAGAUUAAAGAAAAAAGCAAACAUUGAUUUUCAUGGUUUCUAAUGUGACUCCAAUUUUAGGACAAUCUGUAGGAAACAUGAACUAAAAUGAUGGCCUAUGCUCCUGAUAGUUUGCCAGCUAACACAUACAGGAUAUUUGGGGAAGGAACAGAAUGGGAUUUAAGGAGUUUUACUCAAUGACUUGUGAAAUUAUCUGUUCAAAUGAUUUCUGGGUGGCUAGGAAGAAAAAACAUACCAUUUGGUAAUUCUGCAGGAAAAAACUUGUGUGUAGAAAUAACUUGUUCAUAUUUAAUUUAACAAAACUGUACCAUGAAAUUGUUUAAAACAUUCAUUCUGUAUGAAUUAUUUGCUCAAAAGGUAAAUUGUACAAAGAGGUGAAAACUAACAACUUGCUAGUCUCUAAUAUUAUUAUGAAGUUUAGAUUACAUAUCUUUUAAUAAGAUAUAGAAAUCAUGUUCUAAAUAUGUUGAAAGUGCCACAACUUUUUUGCGAUGAGAAAUGCAACAAAUUUUUCAGUGAGAUGUUGAUGUACAUAAAAUGCUAUAAUUAAAACUUAAUUUGCUUU